UAAUAAUUGCUUGUGGUACUGUGAUUUGAACACAGGCUAAAUUGGGAGUACUACGUCUUGUCAUUUUGACAUGGCCACAGAAUACUAGGAAAAUGACAGCAAAGCAAAAUCACAACAAAAAGUGAAAUUUCCCAAAUUUUGAGGGAAUUUUGCCUGUUAUUAUUCAUUACAUUAAUAUUUUGCUCUAAAAAAUACAAUAAAUGUUUACUACUUCACAACCAAAAGCUUAGUAGAUUAGUUGCUGUAGAAAUAUAAUGUAUUGAGAUCCGUCGCGCUUUCUGAUUACUAUAUAGUUGGGAGUGGAAUAGUGCGGUGUUUACCGUUAACAUCAUCAUUUAUGAAUGUGGGAUUGUUCAAUAGAGUUAAUAAUAAGAGCGGAGACUCUGACGGCAUGUACGCGGAGUGGAGCUCGCUGCCCCUGGAGGGGGGCGGGGCAGGUGUGCUCGGCGCGGUCGGCGGCCGCGAGGUUGUGCUGGCUGUCGUGAAGCAGCUCACGGAGACAGACCCCAGUCCUCUGCAUACUGAUGCUGAGGUGGAAUGGGUGCUCGAAGUGAUCCGCUUCGGUCUCUCGCUCCCGCUUCAAGAGCACGAAGCAGUCCGCGACUGCGUCCGCGUCUGCUGCUCGUGGCUGUCCCCGCUGCUUCCCCCCGCGCAGCCGGCACACCCCCCGCCCCCCGCGCUGCCCGCGCCCGUCGCCGCCGCCCCGAGACGAUAUGCUAGGAAGAUACUGAGUCACUUGCACAAUCUGUUUGUGCCAAGGCCUAAUGAGAGCGGCGACCUAAUCAACAAGCAAGCAGUCCUCUGCCACCGCGUGCUCCGCGUGGCGCGAGCCCUGGCCGGCAGCGCGGAGCUGGGCGCCAGCGAGUGGCGCUCGCUGCUGCUGCUGCUGCUGUCAGCUGCUGCUGCGCUGCUGGCGCCGCCCGCGCCGCCGCACUCGCCUCAGGACCAGUUCUGUCAGCGCGUGCUGUGUGUGCUGUUCGAGGUGUGGAUUCUCGCGUGUCACCGUUGCUUCCCGUCGCCGCCGCUGUGGCGCACGCUCCGCGUGCAGUGCCUGCGCUGGCGGCACCGCGCGGCGCUCGUUGAACAGUGGACGCGAGUGUCGCUCUGCCUUACCGCGCGCCUGCUGCGGCACAUGUACCCGCCGCUGUUCCCCCCCGUGCCCGUCAGCGAAGAGGACUCGACCCUCAUACCCCCGGACAUGAGCGCCGACGCGGUCAUGCAGACCUGGUACCGCAUCCUGCACACCAUCGGCAACCCGGUGGACCUGUGCCGCCCGCACGUCAUCAGCCAGACGCCGGACUUCUUGCAGUACUCAAUAACGCAAGAAGAAGGCGCCCGCGACCCGAGCCAGCACCCGUGUCUCCAGGCCCUGCCCUCCAUCUUCCACAAGGCGAUGAAGGCGAUAGCGGCCCACGUCGACGCGUUUCUAGGUAACAGCACGAGCAGUUGGUGGGGCACUACGGCGGAGCCCGAGGACUCCACGCCGCCGCCGCAUCGCCGGCUCGCCAAGAGCUUCAGUGUGUCCAACGCUAAACGCAAUGACAAACAGACGGAGAAAGGUGCCCCACGGACGUCGCUGAUGGGUCUGUCGAGCGGGGGACGCCCCGUCAGUGUUGCCCCCACCACGCCGCCCAACUCUAUCACUUCUCAUGUAGGUGAAUGCGAGAAGCUGCCGCUGACCCCGCUGCGUCCGAAGGUGAACUCCAUCUUCCAUCUGUUCGGGGAGUGGCUGUUCGAGGCCGCACUCAUAGGGACCCAGCCCGCCAGCAGUCAACCGCGAGCAGAAGGCACGCCGCCGCCAUCUUCACUGGGCGACGUGCCACCGCCCAAGAUCAACAUGAUGAGCUAUCAGCCAGGUCGGGCCGAAGCCCUAGGUACUCUCUGCCGGGUGCUCUGCUCCAAGCAGUGCGGCGAGGAGGUGUUGGCCGCCUACCUGGCUCGGUGCUACGCGGCCAUACACCGCGGGCUGAGGGACCCCGCUACUGCUGCCGCCGUUGUGUUGAACGCGCAUGAUAUCUUCCGACAAGACCUAGACGGCGUGCUAGUGCUUGUGCCAGACUUCAUCUACGCACUAGAGAGGAUUCUCCCCGAGCGGGAACCGAAGCUAGAAUGCGGUUCCAUAGACAAGAGAGAGCUGCGGAAGGCCGCCAUUAGCCUUCUACUGUCUAUGGUCGCCUUUCCUUACCACUAUAGAGGACUGCCCAUUCCGGAGUUCCCUGGAUCUAAUGACAACAGCGGCACAAACGUGCUAGCCAGCGGUCGCAUAUCCCUCCUAUGCGUCGGGGCAGUGGGCGCAGAGACCGAGGACGCCCUAGCGGCGCCACUGUUGGGUGCUCUGUACUUGUGUGUGCGCCACGCCGCGCCCACUACGCCGCGAUUGGCCGCUUCUAACUCGCACCACACCGACUAUAAAGCCCGGUCGGAGAGCGGCGGCAGUGUGGGCGGCAGUGACGGCAGUUCCCUUGACGACCUGACAGCCGACGUUAGGGACCUAGACCCGACAUCGCCUGUUUUUGGGGCGGCUUUAGUAGUCCGCGCGACGUAUCUAGUCUGUCACAGACUGAUAUCGUCGUGGAAGGGAGACCUGCAAGUGUCAUUGGCCGCACUGGAACUGCUGUCUGGACUCGCCAAGUUGCAUUCUGCUAAGCCAGAGUUCGUGAUCGAAGCGAUAGAACGCAAGCGCGCCGUCCGCUGGAUAUGCGACUACAUCACCGUGCAGUGCGGCCGCCCGCCCCAGGCCCACUCCAGAGACCUGCACUCUUGUGUGGUGGCCGCCUACUCGUGCCUGUCUUCUUGGCUGUGUCCCGCCUUGCUGGCCGAUGCAGAGUGUCUGGGGACCUUGAUGGAAGUGGUUGAGCUGGGGAUUUCCGGGAGCAAGAGUCAAGGCAAGCCCGGAGAGCCGCCUAAGAUGAAACACGAAAAAGAACUGAAACCCGUCUCUAUGAGGGUGCGGGACGCCGCCGAGUCACUGCUCAUGCUCAUUGUGGAACAGCAAUACCUAAGCUCCGGGGCUCGCUGUAGACUGGACGAGCGCUGGUUAGCUUCGCUUGGACACACUAAUCUGAGACACUACGUGGUGGAUGGGUCAAUACUGCUGACGCUGCUUGAAGAGCCACUGGCUAAUAGCCAGGAGCCGCAGCCUACGCUUAUUGUGAUAGCCCGCUCCAGCUGGGGCCGCUACGCGUGGUCGCUCUGCUCGCGGGGCGCCCCACGCUCGGCCACGCGCGGCGGCGGAGGGUGUCCCCGGCCCGUGGACAUGGGCCCCGCGCCGCCGCCGCCGCGCCGCACCGUGCUGCCGCUGCCGCCGUCGCCGCCUUGCGCCACCGACGCAUCCUUCCCCCGCCUGGACGCCGUCCUACGCCAGCUGAACGACCCGGCCGCGCCCGCGCUGUUCAAGAUGCUGGAGCAGCAGGCCGCCGUGGAGCGCGCCGCCAGCCACGCGCCGCACCAGGAGCCUGAGGAAUGCGUGCCCCCGGAGCCCGUCACUGAGUUCCAGACGGCAAGGCUCUUCCUCUCCAACUUCGGCUAUCUCAACAUCGGCGGGGAUAAGAAGACCGGCCCCCCACGCCUCAUAGCGCUCGACAGCACUAAACCCGGUUUCUCCGAAGCGCUCCGCCGGAUCGACUCGACCGGCCCCCGAGCCGCCGUGACCGUGCACGUGAUGUACGCGCGAGCCGGACAGACGGUGGCCAGGGACAUCGUGGCGAAUAGUUCCACGCCGCUGCCUAGCGCCUUUGUGCACAUGCUGAGGGGGCUAGGCACCCCAGUCCGCGUCCGAACACACCCCGGCUGGACAGGCCACGUCAGCAGCAGCUACGACGCGGCGCGCGAGCUCGGGGACUCCCCGCCGCCGCCGCCCAGCCAGGGUCAGGCGCCCUGUGUGUAUGAUGGGAGGGAACAGGUGCUAUACUGGUCGGAUGCUACCAACGAGAUCGCGUUCGUGGUUCCUUCACUCGCUGCACAUUCGGAGACGGAUGAGAAUAAGAACGAGAGUGUGAGGUCUGAUGUCGACGGCUCCUGUCUGUCUUCAAGUACCAGGACCUCAGAGAAGCCGGAAGGCUCGUGCUGGGACGUGUCCAGCAACAGUUCCGGAGCUCCGUCCUACGAGCGAAGCAUCAGCGAGUCGGACCGAGGGGAGAAGAGGGUCAGCCUGUCGGAGAAGACUAGGGCUCUGUCGUUGGAGCUGGACAAGCAGGCUGGGCUUACUGGUAGUGGACGUCGCAACCGAGAAUACUCGACGAAGAUUCUCAUAAUUUGGCUGGAAGACUUCGAAGAUCACCUCAACAUGCCUAUAGACGACCUCCUACAAUACUGCGACACGGGGCUCCCGUGGCGGCGGCACGGCACGUGCGUGAUCUCCGUGUCGGGGCGCCGGUCCGGCCUGGUCCGCGUGCGCACCGCCGCGCCCGGCGCCGGCCCGCUGGCCGACGGCGCGCUGCUGGCGCCGCAUCUGCUGCCGGAUUGUCUGAGACGGGCGGCUUUAGAUGUUGCAGCGAGAAGAAGAUUGAAUAGCGACACGCACCAGCCCCCGCACGUGCGCCGCCGCCACCUCAUCCAGGAGAUGGCACAACAGUACCGCCGCGAGCUCAGCGAGCCCGAGCUGCUGGAGUCACUAUUCCUACCGCCGUAAGGACUAGACUACCGUGGCAAGAAUGAAGGGAAAUGUCAGGACCGAAGGACCAGAAGACGUGACAAAAGUUUUGCAUCGAGAUCAUUCACAUCGCGCAGCCUCAAGAGCGAGCGCGACGUAGAACUUUUGUCACGU